AUGGAGAAAAACCAGAGAUUCAGAAAAGUUUGUGUUUUUUGCGGAAGUAACUCUGGUCACAGAGAUGUUUUCAGUCAUGCUGCUAUCGAACUUGGCAAUGAACUGGUGAAGAGAAAGAUAGAUUUGGUUUAUGGUGGAGGAAGUUUUGGGCUAAUGGGUUUGAUAUCUCGGAGAGUCUCAGAAGGUGGUUGUCAUGUACUUGGGAUCAUUCCCAAAGCUCUGAUGCCUAUUGAGAUAUCUGGUGAGACGGCUGGAGAAGUAAGAGUUGUUGCAGACAUGCACGAGCGCAAAGCUGCAAUGGCACAAGAAGCUGAGGCUUUCAUUGCUCUUCCUGGAGGUUAUGGAACAAUGGAGGAACUGUUGGAGAUUAUAACAUGGGCACAGCUUGGUAUCCAUAAGAAGACGGUUGGUCUUUUGAAUGUUGAUGGUUACUACAACAACCUCCUUGCUUUAUUUGAUACUGGAGUUGAAGAAGGUUUUAUUAAGCCAAGCUCUCGUAAUAUCGUUGUUUCUGCCCCAUCAGCAAAAGAACUUCUGGAGAAGAUGGAGUUAUAUAUUCCUUCACACAAGCCAUUUCUUCAAAGCUGGGAAGUAGAACCACUGGCUGGAGAGUCUUAACAUUGUUGAAUCAUUAGUGUCUUUGUGCAUAAAAAACAAUUUAGCCUUUGAAACAUCAUGUGUGUUUGGCAUUCAACAUAAUGUCUUGUUCUUCUACUUUUGGAAAUCAAUCAGAAUG